GACAAAUAAACGGAGGUUUGAUCGAAAUCUCACAAUUUUGACUAGAUUUAUCUCAAGAUGAAUAGUAUAAACCCUUUAGCGAACCCAAAAGGGGUUAAAUUAUUAUGCGAACUGUGUCAAAAGCCAGCUUUCGUGCAGUGUAUGGAUUGCAGAGUGACGUAUUAUUGCGGACCAGAACACCAGAAAGCUGACUGGCUGGGUAUACACGAAAAGAUUUGUCAACUUUUGAUGGCUUUAAGAUCGCCGAUCCCUUUUUUGAACUCGGAAGACGAACGACAAAAACGAAAACAAUUGCAGAUAACACGAAAGAAACAUAUGAUUCAUCUGUGUCGUACAACGGGUCAAAAACUGUUAUUUGAAGGCAAAUAUGACCGGGCUGUACCUGCCGCCUUACAGUCGCUAAAGUUCUCGAUAGAUGUCUAUGGAUUGAGCAGCAUCGAGCUGGUUCCAUCUUAUCUCAUCCUGGGCGAAGGAAGUAUCGGUUUGGGUAAACUAAAUCAAGCCGAGGAAUACCUUGCACAAGCUGAGUGGACAGCACUCAAGACUCCRGGCUGUGAGGACCAAAUUAAGUCAAGGCUAUUUAGAAAUCUUGGACUUCUAAACGCUGCAAAAGGAAACUAUACAGAAGCACUAGCUUACUUCUCAGAUGAUAUUUAUCACUCAUCCAAACAGUAUGGUACAGAUGAUAUCCAUACGUCAGGGGGGUACUUUCAUAUGGCAAAUGUUUUCAACAGACAGAAUAAACUGGACAUUGCAUUUUCACUAUACAACCAGGUCACAGACAUAUGGUAUGAACAUCUAAGCCGUUUAGUCGCCCAAAGAACCAAAACUCCUGCAAAGCCUUCUGGGAUAGGGCCAGCAUUCAAGUCUGGGAUGCCAACAGACUUUGAAGUAUUAGGAGAGGCCCAAGAAGCAGAAGCCAUCCAAGUCAUCCAUGCUAUACUAGAGCUGCGUGAACAGCAAAGUGUUCAAAGUCCAUCUGUAAUGUUUAAAAUAUACCUCACUAUUGCAAUGUUAYAUUUUGUACUUGGUGACAUGGCUAAGUCUCAAGACUUUGGUGUCAAGGCCAGAACAUCGUAUGAAAAUGUGGUGUCUGGAGAUGACACWUCUAUGAAGAAAGUUACUGAGUUCCUCAACGCCGUGGAAAGAUCGCUUACUGUAAUAAGUUGACAUGCGAGCUUCAAGCCAAUGUGGACAAAACUAUGUUUUAAUAAAAAUAUGUAUGAUAUAAUAAAAAAAUAAACAAAUAAAGACGUAAAA